GCUUGAGUCCCUGAAGACAUCAGUUACCUGCUAUUACCAAAUCUGUACGUGUCAUCAUGCACCUCAGUUGCAAAGUGUUCAUCUUGCUGGCUGCAGCUUGCUGCUCAAUGACCCGUGCAACAGAAAGCAGCAUCACAUGUGAAGGAUCUGAUGCUCAUCUACAAUGUGGUGUUGGUGAGAUUCAUAUCCUGAGUGCUAACUAUGGUCGCAGUAGCAGCCAGGUGUGUUUCAGUGGACGCCCUGCUAACCAAAUAUCCAACAUCAACUGCCCCAACAAAUCCACUAGCAGUCAGCAGAUGGCACAGAGGUGUGAAGGAAAGAACCAGUGUGUUGUCUCGGCAACCAAGGAUGUUUUCGGAGACCCCUGCUUUGGAACAUAUAAGUACCUGGAAGUGACUUACGUCUGUGUGACUAAGCCAGCAGCAAAAAGCAGCAUUGCGUGUGAAGGCUCUAAUAUUCAGCUAGAAUGUGGUAAAGGAAAGAUUCAUAUCCAGACAGCCAACUAUGGUCGCAGUAACACCCACGUGUGUUCUUCUGGACGCCCCAGUAACCAAAUAUUAAACAUCAACUGCGUCAACAAACCCACGACCAGUAAGAUGGCACAAAGCUGUAACAGGAAGGCCCAGUGUGUCGUAGAAGCAUCCAAAUCUGUGUUCGGAGACCCCUGUUACGGAACGUAUAAGUACCUGGAAGUGACUUACACCUGUGGCUAAAUGAGAUCUGUGAGAAACACCCCGAAUCUGAGAGACUUCCUGCAUAUCAACUGUAAUCAGGUGUCCUUUAAGUCCUAAUUUCUUCCCUGUUGCAUACAAGUUAACAGAGCUGCUGCAUUUGUUUUAAGAUAAUUGAGAAAUAGUGCAAUGGCUAUGUCAAUAGCCUAGCUGAAGCUUAUUAAGUGAUUUACUAAUGACAUACCUCAGAGUCAAAUGUACCAGAAUAUCUUAUUUUCAUCUUUACACAAGAUUUGUAAAGCAGACAUUGUUUAUUUGUAUUUUUCUGAACUUGGAAAUUAAACAGCAGCAUAAUGACCGGA